AUGUCAACGAUGAAGAUGGAUCAUAUUGAUGACAUGAUCCAGAGUGUACAAACCUUGAAGUUGUUCGAUAUUGAAAGUGUGAAACCAACAUUGGUAUUGGUAACUGAUGACAACAAUCCUGAUAAGGAGAUAAAGAAUGAAGAAAGAAGAACUCACUAUUUGACUGAUCAAAAGAAUUGGAAGGCCAGAAAGAAGGUGUUUGAUAACAAUAAACGCAAUGUCUAUGGAAUGAUUAUGAAGAUGUGCAUCGAUCAUAUGGUGGACAAGCUUGAGCGAGAAGCUGACUUUGAAAACAAACUGUUCAAUGAUCCUGUGGAGUUAUUGAUGCGGAUCAAGAAUUUUAUGACAACUACUGUUGAUACAGAAUGGGAAUAUUUUGGUCUGUGGAAGACCAUGAGCAAUAGGAUUAAUUACCAUCAAAAAGAGAAGGAAAACAUUGCAAAUUGCAAGUAA